GACGAUGCGACUUCCGCAAAGUGUGAACAGCGCUGGUCGCGGUGUUGCGUUAACUUCCACACGAAGUUGAGAAGUCUGCGUUCGGGUGCUGAGAACGCAUGAUGUUAUGAUGUAGAUCUGUAAAUGAAAACAGCACCGGAAGCAAAGAGUCGGUGUGUUGUGCUGGAAUGGGUUACACCCCCUUCUGGUCGAAAUGGAGGAUAAAGGGAGCGACGAGGUGGAAAGACUGAAGACAAAGUUCUUGUCUGUGUGGCACAAUGUCAAGUACAGUUGGGCUCUCAAGACGAAGACCUCCUUCAGCAGAAACUCCCCCGUGCUUCUCUUAGGAAAGUGCUACCAUUUCAAGGCCGAAGACGAGGACGAUGUUACUGAUGCCCAUGAAGCUCCUGAUGAGGAUUCUGUGAUGGGGAAUGUGGAGGCUUUCCGGAAGGACUUCACCUCUCGGCUCUGGAUGACGUACAGAGAAGCGUUUCCUCCACUGCCUGGCUCCUCGCUGACCUCUGACUGUGGCUGGGGCUGCAUGCUGAGAGCGGGACAGAUGAUGUUGGCUCAAGCACUUGUCCUGCACUGUCUUGGGAGAGACUGGACCUGGCCGGAGGCACUGACACUCCAGCCUCUGGACACAGAAACUCGGACUACAAUAGCUGCCAAGCGCCUGGUGACCUCUCUGGAGGCGUCUCUGCCAGGCUUGUACGGCCCCUCUGGUGCUGGAUCUUCUCGGAUACAUCAAGUUCUGGGCUCUGCUGAGGAGGCGGAUGCACACAUGAAAGAAAUGUACCACAGGACUCUGGUGUCAUGGUUUGGGGAUGAACCCACGGCUCCACUGGGGCUCCAUAAACUGGUCCACUCUGGGCUGAUGAUGGGGAGGCAAGCGGGGGACUGGUACGGACCUGCUAUUGUGGCUCACAUCCUAAGGAAAGCCAUUGAACAAGCGACCGACCCAGGCUUGACGGGUGUGACCGCGUAUGUCUCGCAAGACUGCACGGUCUACAGUGGCGAUGUGGUUGAUUGCCACAGGGCGGAAAGAGCAGGGAAGUCUGGAACAUCAGACCCCCCACCUUUGCUUCAGAACCCCCCGACAGCCUCAACCACAACCGGUUUGUCGGACAGUCGUGCUGUGGUCAUCCUCAUUCCUGUGCGGCUGGGAGGAGAGAAGACGAACCCAGAGUACUUUAACCUGGUGAAGAACAUCCUGACUUUGGAGUACUGCAUUGGCAUCAUCGGAGGGAAACCCAAACAGGCCUGCUACUUUGUGGGAUUCCAAGACGACAGCUUGAUUUACAUGGACCCUCAUUACUGCCAGUCUUUUGUGGAUGUCAGCACCAGCGAUUUCCCUCUGCAGUCGUAUCACUGCCCCUCGCCGAAGAAGAUGCCUUUCACCAGGAUGGACCCCAGCUGCACGGUGGGCUUCUACUCCCGAAGUGUUCAGGACUAUGAGAGGAUCCGUCAGGAGCUGUCCAAGGUGUUGCAGCCGUCGGCGAGGGAGAAAUACCCGGCGUUCACGUUCGUGCCGGGUCACAGCAGAGAUCACAUCGCGGCCCCGGAGAAGAGAGAAUGGCCCUUCAUCCGUGACCCGAGGAGGACCAUCACUACCGCAGGCGACUUUGUGCUACUUUGACAUUCGGACUAAGUCGGACUGGUCACUCAGAACUUUUCUUCAAAAUUUGAAUCCACUUUGUGCCUAAAAGUGGGAUUCCCUGGCGCAUGGGUUGUAUGUGUUAAGCCAUGCUGCUGUAUUUAAAGACAUUUGACAAAAUGGUGCACAAUAUAUUUUUAAACUACAAAAAUGUAUUUAUUUUAAUGUAGUUUUGUGACAAUGAUUGGUCACAAUGUUUCCUCAAAUCCACUGAAUCACAUAGUAGUAACUAGCUAAUACCAGGGGACAGUAUUUGUACUAAUAUUUUGCUAAUGUAGCUUUACUUUUUUAUUUUCAUUCUCAUUGUCAAUUUAUGGCUGUUUUUCCUGACUCUUUUGCAAGUCUGGUCUGAGUUGUAAAAAAAUUACUAUGAAUUCACAAGUGUUGAAUGUAACAUUAAUGUAGCAACUACCUGAAAUGUUAAGUGUAUUUCCUCAACAGGUUGACUGAAGAUGCGUGUUUCAUCAUAAAAAAAUGCUUCUUAUUUAUUUUCUCACAUUUAUGUAGAAAAUGUGAAUAGCAACGGAUGAUGUGUUCUAUUUGUCAAACUCAGUCAAUUUUAUUUUUUCUUUAAUGGCAUUGAUUUGCUGCUUUUGAUGAUUAUACUUUUUAAUAUAUAAGCUCUCAUACUUCACCGCUGAAUUCUUCUGUCCAAUGUCUCACAGCAAUUACUGCUCCAGACUUGAGAAUAUUCAUUGUCUACUGCUGAAGCAAUAAAACAAAUUCAUUUUCACGAUUCAUUUUCUUGUGCUCAAAAGCAGGUAUUUUUGUAUUCUACUCUGCUGUCACUCUCUUGUUCCAGAUCCACCUGCUUGUGGACCAGAAACCGCUGCUGCUCUGCCUGAACCAGAACCAGUUACUCACCAUCCUGAUCGAAU